GCGGCCAUUUUCCCCUGGUCUGAGCUCCGCCUUCCUUCUAUCAUUCCCACAAGGCAGCAGGAGCAGAGAGCAGCCAUUGCUGUGUCUGGCAGCAGAGUUGUGAAGAAGACAUCUGGUGAGCAUGAGACACCCAGCAGCCAUCCUCGUGUGUCAGGAGGACUGAGCAGGUCCCAGAGCACCAUCACGGUGCCUCCACCUCACUCACUGAUACAUGAGAGACACAGUGACCAGAAGUUCCAGGAACUCACCAACAAGAUUAUUCAUCUGCUGACUGGAGAGGAGGGGGAGUAUAUAGAGGAACACAGGGGUCUGUACAAGGACGUGAUGAUGGAGAAUCACCGGCCCCUCACAUCACUGGAUGGACCCAGUAACAGAGAUACCCCAGAGAGAUGUCCCCGUCCUCUGUAUUCCCAGGACUGUACAGAGGAGAAUCACAGGACCCCACAGGAGGAUCAGGUAGAACGUCUGUCUAAUAUUAAAACAGAAGAUAUAGAAGGAGAAGAAGAGACGUAUGUGACUGAUAUGAAGGUAGAAGAUACAGAGGGAGAAGAAGAGACGUAUGUGACUGAUAUAAAGGCAGAAGAUAUAGAGGGAGAAGAGACGUAUGUGACUGAUAUAAAGGCAGAAGAUAUAGAGGGAGAAGAAGAGACGUAUGUGACUGAUAUAAAGGCAGAAGAUACAGAGGGAGAAGAAGAGACGUAUGUGACUGAUAUGAAGGCAGAAGAUAUAGAGGGAGAAGAAGAGACGUAUGUGACUGAUAUAAAGGCAGAAGAUAUAGAGGGAGAAGAAGAGACGUAUGUGACUGAUAUAAAGGCAGAAGAUGUAGAGGAAGAAGAAGGGACGUAUAUGACUGAUAUAAAGGCAGAAGAUAUAGAGGGAGAAGAAGAGACGUAUGUGACUGAUAUGAAGGCAGAAGAUACAGAGGGAGAAGAAGAGACGUAUGUGAGGGGUGAUCAGCAGUGUAAGGAGGAGGAGAUCCCUACAGAUAUCAGCACAGCUCUGACAGUAGAUACAGUGUUUCCCUGUUCUAUAGAUGCCAAAUGUUUUACACAGAACACAAAGCUUAUCACCCAUCAGGCAGCUAAAGCAGACAUCAGCGAAGUCACAGGUGAGAAGCCAUUUCUAUGCUCUGAGUGUGGGAAAUGUUUUGCAAACAAAUCAAAUAUUGUUAUAUAUCACAGAAGUCACACAGGUGAGAGGCCAUUUCCAUGUUCUGAGUGUGGGAAAGGUUUUGCACAUAAAUCACAUCUUGUUAGACAUCAGCAAAGUCACACAGGUGAGAGGCCAUUUCUAUACUCUGAGAAAUAA